UUGUAUCAGGCUAAUACAUAUUUAGUGUGAAGCUAGAUCCAAGAAAAAAAAAACUUAUUGGCAUAGACGAUGAGACAUUUGAAUAAGGACAAGAUCUUUGACAGUACGGGUCAUGGCGCCUCGUGCCCCAGCACCGCUGUGCUAUAUAUAGGUUGUUGUAGCCACGCUUCUCUGUAUCUAGCCCAUCGCUGAUAGAGUCAAGCAGUAGGGGUUCCGACAGCCAGACAUCGUAGACAAGAUCCUCCAUCGCCAAGGCCAAUGACCCCCUAUAUGAGCCCCUCCACCGCCGACAGUGGCGGAGGUAGCGUGGGGGCUACAGGUCUUUAGACCUCCUACCCCCUAAUGAACCAUUAGAGGCCCCAUUAAGACCCCCCCCUAAAAUUAAAUCCAUAUAUCUAUUACAAAGAGGCUAAAAUAGACUUUGUCCGAGAUUGUUAUAAGGUCCAAAAGGCUGAGGAGCCCCUACUAUAAUUUUAUCAUAGCUCCGCCACUGACCGCCAAGGUCAACAACCUCCUGGACGAGCUCCUCCACCACCAAGCCGACGAGCUCCUCUGCCGUGGCAAAGUCCAUCAUCAAACCAAGAGAAAGAGGAGGCUUCUAGCGGUGAUGUGUGCUCGGUGGACGGGGAUAUGGCCAUAGACGGUGACGAGCAGUGUGCCAAAGCGCAUGUGGAGGAGUGGAGGAGAUACCGUGUGAGGGCCACUAGCAUUUCCGAUGAUCUCACUGUUUUUCUUAUACUUAUACUUAUAAGCUAAAUUUUGAAUUUUAAAACUUAGUUUUGAAUUUGAGUUUUUGGGUUUUUUUUCAUCGUAGUUUAUAUUACAUCAUUUGCCUUUGAUCGAGUCACUAAGGGCACAUAUAUAAAUGUUUUACUUACAAAAUAUUUUUUUAAUAAGUUAUUUGGAUAAGCAUAUGAGUAAGCAAAACAAUGGGGUUACUAGUAUGAUUAAUUUUGGCCAGGCAUAUGUCCAGGGGCAGAGAGAUAGGAGUAGGGCAGCUAGGGUUGCAAGCCCUACUCCUGAUCCUAAAUAUUCAUUGAUUAGAAAAUAAAGGAAAAAACUAUAUAAAUUCAACUAAUUGAGUCCGGUUUAAAAAAAUUAUGGCUCCGCCGCUGAUAUGCCUAGCCUUCUAUAGCUGGUCACAUAACAGCCUUCAUUUUAACCGGACUUACGAUAAACAGACGACUGAACUCCUACCAAAUUUUCAUGCAGUAAAUAGAUGUCAAUAAGGCAUGCAGUAAUUAAGUAGCAAUAGUAGUAAUCCCUCCGUCCUAUAAUAUAAGGUAUUUUACGUUUUUGCUUGCACUGUUUGACCACUUGUCUUAUUCAAAAAAAUUUAGGAAUUAUUAUUUAUUUCUUUUACUUACUUUAUUAUCUAAAAUACUUUAAACAUAACUUUUUAUUUUUUAUAUUUGCAUAAAUUUUUUGAAUAAAAUGAGUGGUCAAAUAUUGUAAGAAAAACUUAAAAUCCCUUAUAUUAUGGGACGGAGGGAGUCCAGUACACUACCACUGCAUUCACUCUCACACAGUACAUAUAUACUUCCUCACUAAGCAUACACACACAGUACAUAUCGCUGGUUAAUUACAUAACCCCAGCCAGCCCCAACCUGAAGAUGAAAACUAGUUAAAGCUUGAGAUGUCUACAGAUGAAUUAAUUUAUUCAAUUAAAAGAUGAUGAGGACAGACAAGGACAAAUUCCACAGUAAACCAUUUGGUGACAUCACCCUCACGUACCCAUCCAUCCCCCCUCCUUUUAAAAGCCCCCCUCACACCCACAAACUCCUAUCCCUCUCUCCUUAAUUUACUUCUCCCUCCUCCAUUUCUCCUUCUCGAUCCUCCUCCUUCGGCCAGCCACCACCACGCGCAUGCAGUGCAUGGCGCAGGAGGGCUCCGAGGCCUCCGUCGCCAGCUCGCCACCGGCGCCGCCGCCCCCUUCCUCCUCCUCCUCCUCCGCCGCCGCCGCGGCCUCCUGGUGGCGCGACAUGCACCACCCGUACGGCGCCGCGUCGGCGCCAAGCUGGCUGCCACCGCCAUCGGCCACGGCGCCGCGGUGGCCUCCGACGAUGGCGGCGGCGCACCAACACCACCACCACCGGACGUCGUCGUCUGGCGCCGAGGACGACCUGUCGGCGUCCAACGCCACCAUCACCUCCUUCACCAACACCUCCACCACCAACCACUCCGGCCUCAGCAUGGACUCCUCCGGCGAGGCCGCCGCCGCCGCCGCCGCAGCCGCCGCCGAGAGCCACCUCAUCUGGAACCAAGUACUCAUGGGCGCCGCCGGCGGCGAGGUCGGGAGGAGCAUGCCGGCGGUGCACGACGCCCACGACGACAGCGAGAACUUCCUCGAGCUGCUCAACUCGAGGACGCUCGCGCCGGAGCUCUUCGCCGAGCCGCCGGCGUGCGACUACCUCAAGAAGAUGGAGUACGGCGGCGGCGGCGGCGGAGGAGGGGGAGGCUGGCCGGAGCACCAGUUCACGGCGGCGGCCGCGCUGGAGAAGCACCUGAGCUCCGCCGCCGCCGCUGGUUACGGCGGCGCGCUGGCGCACCACCACCACGCCGCGGGCGCGCCGGAGCGGCUCACGGCCAACCUCUCCGACCUGGUCAGCAACUGGUCCAUCGCGCCGCCCAACCACGGCCACCACGUCGGCGGCGCCGCCGCAUGCGAUAACCCAGCGGUGGCCGCGGCCAUGGCAGCAGCCCACGGCGGCGGGAACGUGAAGCAGUCCGGCAGCAGCUUCCUUGACAGCGGCGGGGGCGGCGGCGGCGCGAUGCUGCAGCAGGAGAGCAGCAGCAGCACGGGCACCGGCGGCGGCGGGCAGGACUUCCUGAGGCCGAUGGGGCUUGCCGCCGGGUCGUCGUCGUACAGCUCCAUGCUAGGGCUGAGCAGCAGGAUGUACGGCGGCGGCGGCACGGCCACCAUGGACGUGCCGUGGGGGAGCAGCAAUGCCGGCGCGGCGAGGAGCCUGUCGGACCUGAUAUCGUUCGGCGGAGGCGCGAUGGACAAGCCGCCGCCGCCGCCACCGUCGUCAGCGCCGGCGAGGACGUCGUCGGCGGACUACAAGAAGCAGCAAGGGCAGCAGGAGAUCUCGUCCCCAGUACGUAAUGUGAAGACGAGCAGCAGCGGCGGUGGCGGGAAGGAGGGGAAGAAGAAGAGGUCGGAGGAGGCGGCAGGGUCGGAGGGGAGCACGAAGAAGUCCAAGCAUGAGGCCACCUCUCCCACCUCUUCUCUCAAAUCGCAGGUACCAAAAGUAAAGUUAGGGGACAAGAUCACUGCACUGCAACAGAUAGUCUCACCAUUUGGAAAGACUGACACAGCAUCGGUGCUAUAUGAGGCGAUAAAUUACAUUAAGUGGUUGCAUGAACAAGUGCAGUUGUUGAGUGACCCAUACAUGAAGUCGAGUAGUAGCAAGGAUUACAAUGCAUGGGGAGGGUUGGAUAGGAAGGAGAAGGCAGAUGCAGAGGUUGACUUGAGAAGUAGAGGGCUGUGCUUGGUGCCUGUCUCCUGCACCCCUCAAGUGUACAGAGAUAACAAUGGCCCGGACUACUGGACGCCACCCUAUAGAAGCUGCUUAUACCGAUGAAUUUAUUAUAUAUUAUUGGUGUUCAUUGUUUAUUAUUAUUAAUUACUGAAUAAUGUGUGGUGGAUAUAAGAUUAAUUAUUAGAAGAAAAAGGAUAUUCAUAGCCAAGUAAGUUUAAUUAAUUAGAGCUCUAUUUGUGUACGGCCACAAAUUAGUUGAACUUUCUCAAUGUAUCUUCAGCUGGUUUGUUGUUGAUUUGUAGGUAUAUAUGGUUCGUGUGAUCAGCAUCGAGCUAUUAAUCGAUUGCUUUCCUGUACUGAUUUAACCUUUUUUUUUUACUUCGGAGUUAUUUGAUCAAUUUAAUUGAGUGAUAGUUAAGUGUA